GCCUCCUCAUAGAGCUUUAUGCGCCUUUUGUCUUAAAGUGUAAAACGAGGUGCAAUUAUUAAUUCGCAUGUUUGUUGUAGCUUAUGUUGCACAGUUAUGAUUAUGAGAUCCCGUAUUGUCUGCUGUGACACACUUCAUGACAUCAUGUUUUUAAGACACAAUUUUCCCAGAUACAUCAGUGUGUCUUCAGUUCUGACCUGGAAUACCCAUAGCUGUCACUUCUCUAGGAUAUGAAUUUCAGUGAGGCAGAUAAAAGUCAGGAAAACAUGGACAUGAUGUUUCAUUAGAUGCCUUUUAUAACUAUUAAACUCUCUGGUGUGGUCUUAUUUCCUGCUAAUUUUGAUUAAAGUCACCUUCUUAGACGGUGCUCCAGACAUCACCAUGGCAACCAUUGUUAUGGAGAUGAUCGGCCGACUGUUCAUUAACCUGCAGCAGGUGAGGCGAGUUCCCCAAAUGCUCACCGAGAUGUUGCCCUCCAUGCCUGGCACCCUGCGUGACACAGAAGUGCCCCGUUUUUUCCGCGAGCGAUACAUCCACUCUGGCUAUCGGCCACUCCACCAGAACUGGCGCUACUACUUUAUGUCUCUCUUACAGCGCCACAACGAGACCAUAAAUGUUUGGACACACCUUGUCGGGGUGUUAGUGGUGCUCACAAGAACAGCUCAACUUACUGAGACUGUAGAUUUCAUCAACGACCCUCAUUCCUGGCCUCUACUCAUCCUUCUCUUGUCAUCAACGGGCUACAUGACCAUCAGUACCAUGGCCCACUUGUUGGCGGCAAAAUCUGAGCUCUGCCAUUAUUCCUUCUUCUUUCUGGAUUAUGUAGGUGUGGCGAUGUAUCAGUAUGGCAGCGCAGUGGUACACUACUACUAUGCCAUUGAAGAAAGCUGGCAUGCAUGUGUCCGGGGCUGUUUCAUGCAUAUCGCUGGUCUCCUAUGUUGCCUUUCCUGCUUCGGCUGCUGUUACGGAAAGUAUCGGAAUUACAAUCUACCUCCCUGGGUUCGCAAAUUAGGUCAAGUUUUGCCUUCAGCCGUAGCUUAUGGUUGGGACACCAGCCCUGUGUUUCAUCGUUUGGGCCUCUGGUUUCUUUCUUGGGCGAGGGGCGAUUCCAGAAGCAGUCCUGCUUUGAUUUUCCACUUUGGCCAAAUUGCGUUCUUUUUUUCCAGUGUGUUUUUCUUCACCCAGCCUGUUCCCGAACGCUGGUUCCCUGGUCACUGUGACUUCCUGGGUCAGGGUCAUCAAGUAUUCCAUGUGCUGCUGGUUUUGUGUACACUGUGUCAGAUCCAUGCUUCAUAUUUAGACUACCUCAACCGACGACACUUGUACGUUCAUCUCCAUGCUAAUGGCGAGGCAUUGUUCUUUGUUGUUCUGUAUAUUUUAACAGAGAUCGUAUGUGCUCUAAUAGCCUUAUAUAUGCUUGGGAAAAUAAAAAGGUUGCUCGGGUGCAGGGAAAAAAUUAAGUAAAAAGUAGGGUUUUUCUUCAACUUGUUUUCUUCAAUUCAUGUCCCAGGGGUUGAAUUUUAUUACAAAAAAACAGAUUUGAAAUGUUUUUAGAUAUAUAUAUAUAUAUAUAUAUAUAUAUAUAUAUAUAUAUAUAUAUAUAUAUAUAUAUAAAACAUACUUUUCACCAGGCCUUCAACAUUUAUUUUUGGUACUUUUCAAAUGCCUUUUACGUAUAGAUUUGACUGUUUUAGCCUUGUCCCAGACCCAGACUUUCAGUAUUAAACUAUGAAAAUCCAUAUUAAAAAUACAAAUAAUUAAAUUUUUAAAACUAUGAGAAUUUUAACAGAGUAAUUACACCAUUUCAAUAUUUUUUGUGUGAAAAUGAUUUCUAUACAUUUUUCAAAAAAUACAUCUGUCCACGUAUUUUCCCCCUAAAAAUGUUUGUAUAUACAUAUAUAUAUAUACAAAAGUAAGUGUACUUGUUUAGCAAGUCAACAAAAGUGUGAGUGAAGAGCAUGCUUGUGAUUAAAUGUGUGAUGUUUGAAGAAAACAAACAAACCAACAAAGAAAAUUCAAGGUAAAUAUCCCUUAUAAGCAGAAUAUAUUUUUUUUUUUAUCAAAUUAAACAAAAAGUGUGAAAAUAUUAUUUAAUUGUGUGUAUUUAGGAUACAUAAAAUGUUAGCUAUGAAAUAACCUUAAAGGAAUAUUCUGUGUUCAAUACAAGUUGAGCUCAAUCGACAGCAUAAUGUUGAUUACCACAAAAAUUCAUUUUGACUUGUCCCUCCUUUUCUUUAAAAAAGCAAAAGUCUGGGUUACAGUGAGGCACUUACAAUGGAAGUGAAUGGGGCCAACUUGUUAACAUCAAAAUACUCACUUUUUUUAAAAAGUUUAGCCACAAGACAUAAAGGAUAUGCUGUUAACAUGAUUUUAGUGUGAUCAAAUCACUUACUAACCUUUUCUGUGUAAAGUUAUAACCAAUUUUACAACUUCGUUGCCAUGAUGAUGUAAUCCUAAAACCCUAAAACGACUGUAAAAAUGACGAUUUAAACGACUUUACAGCUUAAAUAACACAUGAGAUUUAACAGAAGAAUUAAUGUAAGUGCUUUUAUAAAAUUAUAAACUUCAAAUAUCUGCCUUUAAACCCUCCAAAAAUUGGUCCCCAUUCAUUUCUAUUGCAAGUGCCACAUUGUAACCUUGAUUUGUGCUUUUUAUUUGAUUUUUUUUUUAAGAAAAGGAGGGACGAGUCGAAAUUCAUUUUUGUGGUAAUCAACAUUAUACUACAAAUGCUGUCGAUAGAGCUUAACUUUUAUUGAACCCGGAAUAUUCCUUGAAGACAAAGAAGAUGGCCAUUUUAUUUAAAAAAUAUAAACAUUAAAAAUUUAAUUCCCAGCAUCCCAGUUUCAUUUCCAGCAUUUCUGUACAGAAUUUGAGAUGUACUGGUAAUGAAACUGUGCUGGGAAUUUUCAUGACAUUCGGGGAAAAAAUGACAAAAAUAAAACUCCUGUGUUGCAUGUUCUUACAUUGUUGUACAUUGUUAUAGACAAAAGAAAGAAAAAAAUGAGAGUGUGGAAAAACAUUUUAACGAGACUUUACUUUCUAGAAAUCCACAGUAAAAGUGCCUGAAGUUGAAGAAACACCUAGGAAUAGUUUGACAGAAGCUUAAAGGAACAGUUCACCUUAAAAUGAAACAUUUUCCCCUCUGUCGUAAUUCUCAAAUAGUUUUUGCAUUUAAUAGUUUUGGGGGGAAUUAUUCCUUUAAGAGUUAAGUGGUAAAUUCACCCAAAAAUGUACAUUUUGUCAUUAUUUACUCUUACUCAUGUUGUUCCAAAUGUGUAUGCUUUUAUUUUCUUCCAUUUAACACAAAAGGAGAUAUUUUAAAGAAUGAUGAUGCUGCACAUUGCCAUACAAUGAAAGUAAAUAGGGAGUCUGUUAGUCCCUUUCAUUCCGCUAAACAUUUCCUUUUGUGUGCGGAAGAAAGUCAGAUCAUCUUGCACAGAAGAAAGAAAGUCAUAUGCUUUUGGAACGAUUUGAGGGUGAGAAAAAUAAUGACAGAAUUUUCAUUUUUGGAUGAACUAUCCCUUUAAGAACGUAUUCUUUAAUGGACCAAGCCUUAUGUAUUAAAAUAUGAGAAAAUUCUCAAUGCUUAAACAAAUUGUUGUCUUGAAUGUAUUCAUGAAUUUAUUGAGUGCCUAUCUGAGAGUCAAGUAUUUAGUGUGACACACCAGCCAGCCAGCUGACCUUUUAUGAAGCCAGCAUAUUGUAUUAGCACAAUACUUUAGAAUGAAAAUGUUUAUUCAAGCUCAUGUACAUUAAGUUUACGACACAAAUAAGAUCUUAUGUACUUGUCAUGGACAAAUCAGAAUAGGACAUUAAUCUUAUAUUACAUCACUUUAUGUUGUUAUCAUUAAAUGCUCAACAUUAAAAAUGAGCCAGUCUAAGCAGGUAGUUAAUGUUGAUAAUAAUCAUGAUUUGUCAGAUCUUGAACAUACUUUUGUAUGUAUUAAGUGCUUUCGUUAAUGAGACACUAGUAUGUAAAAAGUAAUGAACUGUACUUCUGUCAGCAAACAGUAUUGGGACAAUACUUCAUAUGAAUUCCCGUUGUACUUGUUGAAGUUUUAGACGUCUUGUUUUGUCACAAUGUAGACUGUAUUAAAAAAAAAUUUAAAUCGUGUACUUGAAAGAGGUACUGUAUUCUCAGUGCGAGAACAACCUCUGUUGUGCCUUCUGUAAUUAUUUGCACCUUAGAUUGCUUUUGAAUGGAAGCAACAUCAAUGACUUUGUAAUUUCACAUGUUUCUGUAGUGGAUAAUAAACAGUGGCACAUAUUGA